GCGCAAAUUAAAUUUCUGAACCGUACGUAAUUAGGUGUGCGUGUUGUUUUUCAAUUAAAGAAAAAAAAACGUAUUAUUUAUUUGGUAGUUUUAACGACUUAUGUGUGGUCACCCUGUUUGCGAUUCAAAUUCGCAAUUGUUAAAUAACUAAUUUAUGAACAAAUAAUACUUAUAGCCAUGUUUUUAUUUGAUCAAAUCAAAAGAAAUAAUUUUUAAAUCUCCUAGACUGCUUUACUGGGUUUCGUACCAAAAUAUUACAUAACCGGCGACCAGUCGUCACUUUUUAGGUUAAGUCGACCAUUCCACAAUUUUAAAAAUCGUCAAAAUGUCUCAAACUUUACGUUUUACAUUAAGAGCCUUGUACGCACCCUUGAAACGCGAUGUUUUAAAGUUACCACUUCCGGUGUCGUCUGUUUUAAACACGAGGUUUAUUUACGCGAAAGCCACUCUAGGCCUCGAUGGAUUUGCCGAGCAAAGCAAGCAAAUCCACCAGCAGAUGGACAAUAUCGCUGAAAAGUUUCGCGAAAAAAUGACCGUGUAUUCGUCGCAAGACUCCCAAAACAUGAUCUUUACCGAGGAUCUGAAAAACAUGAUUUAUCUAGCAGAGAAUGACGACGAUAUUGAUUUGGUGAUCAAAAUGGCGAAAAAGUUUAACUCGCAAAACAAGGAGUUGAGAUUUGGCAAUUUCGUGUUUGGGCCAGUCAUAAUGCGAAUGUUUUACACUCAUAACAAGCCCGAUUUGGCACUGGAGUGUUUCAAGGCGCCGGAGCUUAAUGGCAUUUUUGACCAGCUAAUAACUUACCAAAUUCUCUUAGAUAUGUUGUACGAAAAUGGACGGUACCAGGAGAUUUUAGACACGUUUGAAGUGAUCAAAGGCAGGCAAUUAGAAAUUAAAUACCCCCGGAAUUGCGUGGUGUUAGUGAUGGCCGCUUGCUACAAAAUGAAUUCGAAAGAAAGUGUUGACUUUGCCUUACAAUUCUGGAAGGAAUUGAGAGAAGCGGGGCAUUUCCCCAUGCGACGCGCCUCGACCUUCUGUGCCGGCUUGGCCCUCAACCACGGCAUGCCCGAGGCAGCGUUGGAAAUAAUGGCAAACGUUAAAAACUCCAAUUAUGUCUCAGUCAGGAAUAUCAAGGCGCGGGCUUUGAGCGACGUUGGACGUCUGGAUGACGUCAUAGCGAUACUAAAGUCCAUAAUUUCUGAUGAUAGGCCAGGCGAAGUUACUCAUACUUUCAGUAGGGAUGUUUUGGAGGCGAUUAAAGCCAAAGUUUUGAGUGCUGAUAACCCCGAAAUUUCGUUGGAGUUCAACAGAUUGGAAAAAUUGUUCGAGAAGGAGGGACACAUCAAGGAAGAAACUUUGGAUCAACAGUUGUGCUCAGAAAUCCAGAAACCGCCAAUUAUGAACAACCGACAAGCUAAUAGAUUCAGUCGUUUCGAGGGGGACCCCGCACGGAGGCCCUCCCCGGCGUUCAAAAGACCGUCCUUCAGGCCCGGUUUGAAGGACUUAGUUUAGAUAAUUUUUGUACGUUUAGUUAAAAAUAUUAAAUAAAAAAAUCACUAGACAAA